AAUGGUGGUUUUCAUCAACACAAAGCUUAAGUCGCUCCUCAAACUUUUCAAGAGAAAGACUGUUUCCAACCUAGAUGAAGAGAGUAGAUGGACAGUCCACUACAGUGCUCCAUGGCACCAGCAGGAAAAUGUGUUUCUGCCUUCCUCAAGACCACCUUGUGUGGAGGACCUGCACCGACAAGCCAAGUUGAACCUCAAGUCAGUACUGAGAGAGUGUGACAAGCUGCGGAGGGAUGGCUAUCGGAGCUCUCAGUAUUACUCUCAGGGCCCAACCUUCUCCUCUUCCUCCAGUGCAAUCUGUGGAAGUUACCAGGACGAUUAUGAGGAAAUUGAGCAAAAGUGCUCCGUCUCCUCCCCAGAAGAAGAAAAGCUCAUUACCAUCAAGAGGCCUAAAACACCCGUUUCAAAUGAGUUAUCAGAUAUCAACACCCAAACCAACUGGACUAAGUCACUCCCCCUGCCAACACCAGAAGAGAAAAUGCGACAACAAGCACAGGCAGUGCAAACAGACGUGGUUCCUAUUAAUGUCACUGCAGUUGGCACUGGCCAAAGUGAUUUCCGUGGCCAUUCGAUGUAUGUCCCUGAUCACUGUUCCACGUUAGGGAGACUAGACAGCUAUCGCUCUGCUAUGCAGCGCUCUGAAACCAAGGACACCAGCUGCCAAACGGAGGACGUGAAGGUUGUGCCCCCUUCGAUGAGAAGAAUACGAGCACAGAAAGGACAAGGGAUUGCCGCCCAGAUGUCUCAGUUCUCCAGUUCAUCUGGAAACAUGUCGGUGAUGAGUGAUUCUGCUGCAGUUAUAUUUGCCUCUCGACAAAAUAGCGACAUAGGUUUUCACAGCUUGCCUCGGGCUGGUGCAAGAGUCUCUCUACAGUCCCUAGAGCAGACCCAGAGCAUCUCUAGGCAGACAGAAGACAUCGCUGGCACUUUGCCUCACCAGAUAAGUAAAUUGCAAGUGGAUGAUAGUGUUGUGCCUCUGAGGAAUAACCUCACUACAGGGACCCUCUCAAGGCCAAAGUCGCAGGAGGUGAGAAGUUAUGAGAGUGACAAGUCCACAAGCCCAGCAUGUGUGGUCUCUCCUCAUGCCACCUACUCAACGAGCAUCAUACCCAACGCAACACUGUCGUCCUCCUCAGAGGUUAUCGUUAUUCACACUGCCCAGAGCCUUGGAUCAUUGGAUAGUAAGAUUACCAGCUCUGCUGCCUACCCGAAGCCAAGAGACAAUCCUGUUGCCAGCAAUGCAGUAAGUGGAAAAGAAGAUCACCAUUCGUCAAGCGGUAACUGGAGCGAGAGCAGCUCCACACGCCACUCGCAGGCCUCGGAUACUCUGCCAUCCACCACUGCCCUGGUGCUUGCUCUGGGUGACUCUGCUGUCUCCCUUAGUGCUGCUGGGAACGUGGAAGCUGGGGCACAGGGGGUGAGCUACAGCUGUAGCAACAAUCUUGCCUCACCAAGCCAGUGCCAGGACAGCGAUGGCAGGAGUGAAUCCAGCUCCUGUGGGGAGCGAGCAGCCGCGGCGGCCAACAGCACCGAGCACUGGCUCUACAAGGCGGCAGAAAGCAGCGAGACUCCUUCACGCAAGGCGGCUUGUGCCACCCCGGGCUGUGCCACCCCUGUGAGCAACCUGAGCAGCGGCAGCCUGGAGAGGACAUCGGUUAAAGAAGAUUCUACAUCUCUGUAUUCGGUGGACCACGAUGGCUAUUACACUUCCAUGCAUACGGACUCGGGACUCAAGUCAGACCAGCCGUGCAGUAGUACUAAUGGUUUUGGGAGCCCCAGGGACAGUGCGAUUAAUGUUUUUGAUGGAAAAGAGAAAAAACAUCAGGAAGACCGGUCAGGUCAAACUGACAAAUCUCUUGCAAGAAAUAUCUCUCUAAAAAAGGCCAAGAAGCCGCCUUUGCCACCAUCCAGAACAGACUCACUUAGAAGGGUACCCAAGAAAAAGGCACAGUCCAAUGGGCAGGUCCUCGAUGAAAACCUCAUUGCCACCCUCCAGCAUUCACUGCAGUUGAACCUCAAGUGCAAAAACGGCAGCUCCCCUUCGCAGAGCCCCUGCAGUGAUUACGAGGACCCCUGGGUGCUGCGCUCCCGCAGCCAAAGUUCUGUGAGCGCGAGCAGCAGCAUGAUGUCCACGGCGGCCCCCAACCUCUACUCCAUCUGCACGGUGACGCCCUCCCAGAGCGAAACGAGCAGCAUCAAGUCAGAGUACGCCGACCAGUGGGGUUACUACAGUGACUACGCCGCGGUGGCGGAGGACCAGAUAAAAUCCCCGGUGACUCAUUCAGCCAGUACCUCGUCUGCACUCAGCGACUGCAGCAGCAGCCACCUCAGUGAUGGUUCCCGGGCUUCAGGGCCGCACGUGCCCAGUGGACUGGCCAAACCAAAGAACGCUUCUCCGGAGAAAUCCAGUGCCCCCCCCAGCCAGUCCAAUACACCCACUGCACUUACUCCAGUGCCUGUGUUGUUAAAGUCAACAUCAUCAGGAAAUGGGAAGUCCAAGCUGAAACCUAAAGUGCCUGAAAGGAAAUCCUCUCUUCUGUCAUCAGUCUCCAUUUCUUCAUCUUCCACUUCUCUUUCUUCAAAUACAUCUACUGAAGGGAGCGUGAGCAUGAAGAAACCGGAGCCCACACUGAGCUCUCCCCUGGAUUCUGGUGCACCUCCUCCACCACCUCCCCUUCCCACAUCUCCUCCACAUUGUCCUGAUCUCUCUCCUCUCCCUCCCCCUCCUCCAGCGGAAGUCAUGGAUCUGUUACCAUUGCCAGCCUCUCCCACAUUCCCCCCUCCUCCCCCAGAAGCUGAUGUAAAUUCUUCCUAUGCCCAGAGUGCCCCAUGGUUUCCACAAGAAAUCUCCAUGAGUUCCUUCUCUCCCCCCAUUCUUCCUUCUACUACUAGUACUUUUCACUCUGCUGUCCCACCACCAGCACCACCUCUUGAUCCCAAGCUGACAAAAGAGGCGAUGAAAUACUCACAGUGUUCUUUUAAGAAACGUAACCAGGAAGAUUCUUGCUACAGUCCAGUGAAACAGCCAUUCAGUAAGCAAGACCCAUCACGGCCUGUGAUGCCCUUAGUAACUACCAAAGCGUUGCAAAUGGUGCAGCUGAGGUCUGUGAAAAAAGCGACGGAAGGUGAGCCCUCACCUGAACCUGCUCCUGAAACUGCAUCUCAGGAAAAGAGUGCUGCAAGUUCAUCACCACAGUCUUCCCUAAAGCCGUCUUUCUCACUAAGACUGAGUAACAGCUUAGGUGAAGAGGAGAUAAAAACUCACGGCGCUUCAUUUAAAAACUCAGUUCUAACACUGCCUCGGAGCUCUCUUCAGAGUCUCUCUGACCAUGUCCCUGAGCUUGAUAGUGAUCAAAAAUCUGCAAGUAUAGCGGGUCUAAACAAAUCUUUUGAUGCUGAUUUCCAGGGAACAGCUACGGAAGUUGCACUGGAGUCUUCAGUGCAGAAUGAAGACUUCCAUUCUGGCUGCAUCAGCACGUCACCUCAGGGGUCACCAGCAUCUCCAGACAAGACUCAGGUCAUGUUGCCAAACAAGAAACCCCCUCCUAUUUCAAAGAAACCCAAGCUGUUCCUUGUUGUGCCACCUCCACAGUUAGAUCUUCCAGUAGAGAAAAUAGCCGAUAUGAGUGAUACUGUGAGAAGCAGAGCAAGCCCAACAAAGAGGGAUGCUGUGCUGGCACGCUGCGAGGAGGCGAGGAGCUGUCUCACAGAUGGACUCACUGCCAGCGAGAUGGACUCUGGCAGCCUGGUUCCUGAGGGAGGAGCUGCUGGAUUCACCUUCUCCGAGGCUCUGGAAGCUAAUGCCUUCAUGGUACAGCCUGCUGCAUCACCAGCUCAAGAAGCUCCCCGGCAGGAGGAGCAGCCCACUUCCGACGAAGGAAGCAGUUCGGGCAGCAGCCAAGACAGCAGCAGUAACGCUGAGGGGCACCUAUCUCAGGACAACGAAAGUGCCGAGGUGUUUGAAUUGGAUACAGCAAAUAGUUCAUUCCUUCCCAGCAAUAGUUAUGGGGAGGAGACAGACGGGGUGGCAACACCAGCAAGACCAAGGACUACUGAGGAUCUUUUUGCAGCCAUUCACAGAUCCAAAAGGAAAGUCCUUGGCCGUAAGGAUUCUGACGACGAUCGUUCCCGCAACCACUCUCCCUCACCCCCCGUGACUCCUACCGGUGCUUCCCCAACCGUGACUGCCCUCAGACAGGCCGGCUCCAUCCAGAGGAGCGUUCGCAAAAGCAGCACCAGCAACGACAACUUCAAGGCGCUGCUGCUGAAGAAGGGCAGCCGCGGCGACGGCAGCUCCCGCAUGUCGGCGGCGGAGAUGCUGCGGAGCACGGACCCCCGCUUCCACCGCGCGCGAGCCGACGCUGCCAGCGACCUCGCCGACAACCCCGCCAGCGGCUCCCCCAGCAAAAGCAGGCGGGCCCAGGAGGAGUGGGCCAGGAGCGAGGGCCUCAUGCCGAGGAGCAUGUCCUUCUGUGGCACCAGGUACGGCCGCUCCCGAACGCCCCCCUCUGCUGCCAGCAGCAAGUACAGUGUUCGCAACCGCAUCCAGAGCAGCCCCAUGACUGUCAUCAGUGAGGGAGAUGGGGAGCUGGUGGAGCAGUCGGAGGGCAGAGUUCGCAGGACUUUGGAGGGGCAGCAAGAGAGGCAGCUCGAUGUGUUUAACAGUGAUGAAGUGGACACAAAUGACUUUCCAUACGCUGAGGACCCUGGCUGCAAGGAGACCUUGGAUCCAAACCAUGUAGACUUAAUGACUCAACCAGGUACUUCACGGAAGUAUCUAAGCCCUUCAACUGAAGAGAGUUAAGAGGCAAUGACGAAAGGCAACACGUGUUAGUCUAGAAAAUGACAGAGGACUGUAUCACAGAAGAAAGCCCAGACCAGGACAAGUUUUCUUUGCUGAGCAUUUAUUCCAUGAACUGCAUGUGUGUGCUUAAAUGCUGAAGCAAUGAUAAUUCUGCAUGGUUGGGUUGGGGUGGGAAGGACUUUGAGUGGUCUGUGGCUUAA